CUAUUUUACUGACUCUGGCCCUGGCUCAGACUUUCAUCACUUAAUUCCUGGAAAAAUGCAAUUGACUUUUGGCUGGCUGGAUGGUCAUUCUGACUCAAACUUCUUCUCUUCUCAAAUUCAUACUGUAUAUCGCUGCAAGAUCAGUGUCACUGAAAUAUCAUCUUAUUCAUAAGUUCAUGCAUUGUUCUCCUUAAAUACUUUUGCACACAAAAUGUGUAUGACAUUUCUUUCUCUUGUACAAAAGCUUAAUUAAUGUUCACAUGAAGUAAAUGAGAUAUUUUAAUUUCCAUUUUACAGAUAAGGAAAAUGAGAUUUAGGUAUGUUAGGCUAUCUGCCCAAAGCCACAGUUACACCAACAAAGAAAUGGUAGAGCUGAGAUUUGAACGUGGGUCUUUUUAGCCAGGAACACUGAGCUCUGCUUAAUCAUUGCAUUAGUGAAUAGUAUUUAAGUUUAAAUUCCUGCUUCUCUUUGGAGGAUUUCCAUGAUACAAUCUUCCUUAACUUCCGAUUACUGCUGAACUUGCAUCUUCUAUUCCACAUUUCAAAUCUCUCUCUAGUUAUCUCCCAUGGAUUGAUCUUUUUACUUCAAUUAGGUUGUAACCUCCUUAAAACCAGAGAUUAUGUAUUACUCGUCUUAAAUUUCUAAGAAGGUCUAUUACUAUGGAGGGCACACAAUAAAUUCUAAGUCAAUAACUGAUAAAAUAUUUAGUACAGUCCUUGGCACAUCUGCAUGCUUAAUAAAUGGUAACAAUGAUUAUUUAUUACUACUACAGGGGCUGAUGCAUCAAAUUGAAGUUCUAAUAGGAAACUAGAAAAUUCUGAUCUCUACCUCAAUCCUAAGAACUUUUUGCUUUCCUUCCUUAUGAUACAGAGUAAUGAUUUCUCAGGCUAAGUUACUGCAUUUUAGUCCCAGCCACCCUUUCUAUGAAGCAGCAUCAAUUACAAGAGACAUCAGCAUAACAUCAACAAGCAGCAAAAUUCCGUCCACCGUUACUGCUCUCUUUGAGAGUGCUUCGGAUUAAAAAAAAUGGAACAGUAGUAGUGAUAUUUUUGAGAUGAAUGGUCAACGUGCUUGCAGUCUAUCGAUCAAACUUCAUUUAACUUUAAAGAAGUUUGCUAGAAGUGUCUGCUCAGGACUUCCUGGCUCAAGUUUCCGAUGUACAGAGCCUCGCACAAUCAGGCGUCUAACCUGGCCUACAAGCUCUCCUUCAAAUCUUCCUUUCCAGUCAAAUUGGCCCACAACGAGCAAUAGGAAAUUCCAGCCUUCCUGUCGUGCACCGUCAGCGGAGUUCCGAUGACGCAAUGAAAAGGGCGGAUCUAGGGCCGCCCAGGAUCUAGUUCCAAGGCUCUGCGGCUCCGCGCCGCCCCAAGUGAGCGCAGCCGCGUCACGUUACGUCCUCUGCUCUCCCGGAAGUGCCGCUGAGUCAACGGCGGGGGCGUGUCUGCAGACGCUCCGCGUGUAGUUGCUAGAGAACGCGGGCCGGCGGGCCCUGCGCGGGUACUUUCCCUGCCGAGGUGGUUUGGUCUUUUCCGGAGCGAGCCGCGAGCCUGUGCAGGGGCCCAGGACCGGAGCCUGACUGGGUGUCUGGCGCGACGCCAUGGAAGUAGUGGAGGCCGCCGCUGCUCAGCUGGAAACUCUGAAAUUCCACGGCACGGGCCUUGGGGCUGGCCAAGGUCAGGAGGUGCCGUCUCCCGGCCCUGUUCCUAUCCCAGAGCCAGGGCCGCCACCACCGUCGGAUGAGGGGUCCCCGGACACUGGGCAGGCCGCCGAGGCUCAGCCGGCCGGGGAGCAGCCACCUGCGCUCGCGCCGAGCACUGCGGCGGCAGGGAGUCCCGCGCCGCCGUCGCAGCCACAACUGCCACCCGCAGGGAACUGCGUCACCGGCCCGGGCGCUGCAGAGCUGGCGGGGACCCCAGACUCCUUGGAGACCUCGGACUCGGAUUCGGACUCGGACAGUGAAACAGAUUCAGAUAGCUCAAGCUCCUCCUCUUCCUCCUCAUCUUCCUCCUCAUCUUCCUCUUCCUCUCGUGUGUCGUUUCCUCCAGUGCUGUCAGAUGGAGAAGAUGAUUUCCAAGUUGAAAAGGAAAAUAAGAAUUUUCCCCUUAAAACAAAAGAUGAGUUACUUCUUAAUGAACUACCUUCUGUUGAAGAGCUCACUAUUAUUCUGCCUGAAGAUAUUGAAUUAAAGCCUCUUGGGAUGGUUUCAAGUAUUAUUGAGCAAUUGGUAAUAAUUGAAUCUAUGACUAACUUACCUCCAGUUAAUGAGGAGACUGUAAUUUUUAAAAGUGAUCGACAGGCAGCAGGAAAGAUAUUUGAGAUAUUUGGACCUGUUGCACAUCCAUUUUAUGUGUUACGGUUUAAUUCUUCAGAGCACAUUGAGAAUAAAGGUAUUAAAAUAAAAGAUACUAUGUAUUUUGCUCCAUCAAUGAAAGACUUCACUCAAUAUAUAUUCACAGAAAAACUUAAACAGGAUAGGGGAUCAGAUGCGUCAUGGAAGAAUGAUCAGGAGCCACCACCAGAAGCCUUAGAUUUCAGUGAUGAUGAAAAGGAAAAAGAGGCCAAACAGAGGAAAAAAUCUCAGAUUCAAGGCCGGAAAAAAUUCAAAUCUGAAUUUAAUGAAUCAAGUGAAGAUUUUGCAGAAGUACGUCAGAACUGGAAUGCUCAUAGCUCUUCUUCAGAGCAUGCAAAAGGAUAUCGCAACAAAGAAUUUACACGAGCAUUUUCCCAGGGUAGAUAUCCUCAACCUUGCCAUGGCAGGCCCCCACCUCCACAGUUUUAUAACUCAGAACAUAUGGUCCCUCAGGAGACUUCAGGAUUUCCACCUCAGAGACAAGAUAAUCCUAUCAUGCCACAGUAUCCCUUUCCUCCUCCAGUGUUUGACGUGCAUAAUUUUUCACUCCAUCCUCCACCACCACCACCUCCACCGCCUGCAUCUGUAAACAUGGGUUGGGCUGCACCGGGCAUGGCACCUCAUCCAUUACUUCCCUUACCAUACUCCAUACCUCCACCUCCUCCCCCUCCACCCCUGCCUCCUCCCCCCUCUUCUGGAGAUGGUAAUUCUUCUCAUUUUGGACCUUACUAUUAGGCAAAUGUAUACAUUUCCAGAGAAAUGUGGACUUUUUAUAUUAUACGGGAAGGAUUUUUUUUUUAAAAGGAAAGCGGUUAUGGAGCUAGAUUUUUAAAACAUUGUAAAAUACUAAAUGACUCAUUCAGUUGUAAGUUGAUAUAUAUUUGUAACCUUUGUGAAACUGUAUCCAAAUGAAAAUCUCACUUUAAAUUCGUUUGGGUGAGAUCCAAUUAUGUAAUAUUUAAUUAAAAUUUUGAAUCCAUGCUUUCCCCAUCCCUGCCCAAUUUAAACACAUGUAAAUCUAAUAAUAGAUCUGGUGCAACUUUCAUCAUGGAUUAAAAUAUACUGAACACAUUGUCUCUUGGUAUGUCUGAAAAUAAGAUGUUGAAGUCCUAUUGAGAGUCUUUAAAAUAAACUAUUUUUAUAAACUUAUACUUUUGAAAUUGAUUUUGAUCAUAAAUGCAACUUAUCAGUAAAUUUAAAUGUCCUAAUUUUUUUAAACAAGAGUACAGAGAAAGAAGGCCUUACAUAUUAGACUAUAAUUAGAGUUAAUAUUUAUUAAUUAUGCAUAAGCAAGCUUUUCAUUAUCUGUGCAGAUUCCCAUUAUUUGAGCACUAUUCAGUAGACUCUACUAUUUAAUCACUUAAAGGGACACAAGGAUUAUUCACAAUUAAAUAUGUUAUUUGUAUACAAUAAAAUGUAUUUAACCCCA